CCCCCUCCCAUCUCCCCCACGGCCGCCCACACCCAGCCGCACUCGCACAGCCUCCACGGUCGCCAUGGGGUCCAUCUGGUUUUUGGACUUCAUGCUGAUGGUCCUCGGGCCGGUGCUGGUCAUCUGCGGCGCCCUCUACUUCUCGCGCCUGCACCAUGAGCCGGUCCGCACGCGCGGCGCCUGGCACAAUACCGUCAGCGCCGCGGCCGGCCUGCUGACCUCCGUCGGUGUGGCCCUGGCCGACCACCAUCCCCGCACGGACUGCCACUUCAGCUUCGCCGUCAUCAACAGCUUCCCGAUCCUCUGGUCGCUGCCGGUCAUUGGCCGAGGCUUUCUCCUGUACCUGGAGAAUGAGUUCCACUCGCUGACCCUGUCGACAUCGUCGGUGGUCGGGGGCGGCGGGUCCUCGCACGGCGAGCCGGAGAUCGACGACACCCCCGGGUCCAGUGCCUCCAUGGAGUCCCUCUCCUCGCCGCCCCACUCGCCGCCCUUCUCCGGCACGGCCUCCUCCUCGGACGACCUGUCCGAGGUGAAGGGCUCCCCGGACAAGCACAGCCCCCUGGGCGUGGUGUCGCCCCAUUCCAGCCAGGCCCUGGGCCCGGUGACCGGGCUGACCGGCGACACGACCCUGCCCCUGGCAUCCGGCACCGGUGACCGGCCGGCCAGCACCCACCGCAGCCUCACCUCCACCACCGGGUCGCACCUGCACGCCACCGACGACCUGCUGAACACCCUCGACGACCGGUCCAUGCCGGAGCACAUCCGCAAGGACAUCCAACGCCUGCGCCGGGUGGUCUACUGGCGGAAGACCAUCUCCCCCUGGUGGGCCCAGAUCGCCAUCUACACGGCCAUGGUGGCCAUCAACAUGGUCCUGUCCUUUGCCCUGCUCUACAGCGGCGGUGAUCCCGACCGGUACAUCGGCCCGCGCACCGGGGCCACCCUCCCGGGCAGCCUGGACGGCGAGUGCAGCCCCCACAUGCUGGCCGUCAUCGCCGUGUCCACCAUGGUGUGCCUGGUUCUGGGCCUGGUCCUGGUCUGGAUCCUGUGGAACCGCCGGGAUGUGUACAAGAUUAAGCAGGAGCUCGGUGUCUUCCUCGGCAUCGCCGUGGUGGGGUUCAUUGUCUUCGUCAUCACGGUGGUCGGCGACUGGAACCACCAGGUCUCUUCCAAUGUCACGGUGGUGGUGAUUGUUGUCUGCAACAUUUGGCUCUUCACCUUCCCCUAUGUGUUGUCCUUCUCGCGGUUCUUCCGCAAGUUGACCAACUACUCGCCCGACUCGCGGGAAAGCUUCUUCAGCGACUUGACGUCGGCCGGUGGCGCCGGGGCCGGGGUCGACCCGGCCGGCGAAUCGGGCUCCUUCCGCACCGCGUCCGGCGUGUACAUCGGCUUCGGCACGGCCGAUGACCCCGCCGGGCUCGGGGGCCCUGGCAUUGGCAGCGCCGGGAACACCGGCGGCAGCAGCCGCUUCCGGGCCCUGGGCUUUGCCUCGCGCCAUGCCAACAACUCCGACACCUCCGACGUCAAGCACUACUUCUCCACCGAGAUGUCCCAGCUGGAGCAUGGGACCCCGCACGGGGGCCGCAGCGGGGUGGCCACUCCGGCCGCGCCGGCCGGCGGGCAGAGCCUCAUCGGCGACUCGCUGGAGUCCCUGUCGGCCAGCAACUCGCCGAACACCUCCUGCACCUCGAUCACCAUCGAGACGACCACCACGUCGGUCGUCAGCACCACCGGGCCGGCGGCCGGCCCGCGCGGCGGCCGGCGCCCCAGCCAUGCGGCCCUCGGCUCGGGUCCCGGCUCCUCGGGCGAUGACUCCAGCGAGCGGCGCAUCCUGCGCUUUGACAUCUUCGCGCGCCAUGCGCCGGCCGAGGCCCGGCGCUCCUUCGAGGAGUUCUGCAAGAUGAGCUUCUCCACCGAGCAGCUCUUCUUCAUGCGCAGUGACGACAACUACCGGCGCAGCCACAAGCGCAGCAUCAACAAGCGCUACGCGGCCGCUGCCAAGAUCAUGGACACCUUCAUCCGCGCAAACUCCACCCACGAGCUGAACAUCGAUGGCAGCACCCGGCGGAAUCUGAUUCAACAGUUCAACUUGAUCCCGGUGCCCCCGGGCAUGGCGCCGCCUGGCGGCACUGCCGAGGGGGCCGGGCGCGCUGGCGGCGGCGGCGGCGGCGGCGGCGGCGGCGGCGGCGGCGGCGGCGCGCCGCGACGCUCGCGCUGGAUCUUCGGCAGCGACAGUUCAUCGGGCGCCGAGCUGGCCAUUCCGCUUGACCCGCCACCGCCCUUCGAUCGGCCGGGUGCCGGGGCGCCCGCCUCCGGUGGCCAGGCCGGAGCGCUUGGUGCCGCAGCCGAUGCCAAGGCCGCCCCCCUGGCCCAGGGUGCCGGUGGCCCGGGCAUCCGACCCGGUCAUGGGUCUGUCAUUCUCGACAUGGAUCGGAUGCUGGCUCUGCAGGAUGCCGAGGCUGGGCCGCCGCGUUUGCUUUUCGACGCGGUUCGCAAGGAGGUCCUCAUCCAGUUGGCGCACUUGAUGCGCAUGUGGGCCAGCAAGGACGAGGGCCGGCGGCUGAUGGCCCAGGCGACGGAGGCCCUGCGCCAGGCGGACGCCCGAGCCGAGGCGCGCCAGCGCGCCCACCCCCCCGCCUGGGCCGAUGCCGUCCGGGCUGACGCAGCCCGGGCCAAUGCCGAGCCGGUGCCCCGGUCAGUUCCGCUGCCGGUGCCCGACAUGGCCCCGGCGUCGGUGCCCGACAUGGCCCCGGCGUCGGUGUCCGACAUGGCCCCGGCGUCGGUGUCCGACAUGGCCCCGGCACCGGUGUCCGACUUGACCCCGGCACCGGUGCCCGAUGCCCCUCUUGACAUUGAGCCGGCGUCGGCCUCUGACGAGUAA